AUGUGCCUCUGGGUAACGGUGAACUUUUACUGCCAGGUGUGCUACGCCCGUUUCUGGCAGUCCAUCACCAUCCCCGUGCGGUGCGAAGACCACCGGGCGGCGAACCGCGAGUGGGGCGUCCUGGGCCACAGGCGCCAGCCGGACUGGAAGAUUGUCUCCGACUACUUGAGGGCCUGUAUUAACUGUGACCCGAAGGGCGACAAAUACCCCCACCCGUUGGACUUUGGUGAACCGGAGCCCGAGCCUGAGCUUGGGCAGGGGCAGGGGCAGGGCCAAGGAGAAGGGCAGGGGACGGAGAGGACCUCUGUUUAUGUCAGCGGCUGCAGAAAGACGGGGUCAUGGCGUGUUCCUAUAUCCACCUACACUACGUUUGUCAGGUAA